AUGGCUGAAGAAGUUGUUAAUUCAAGCAAUUCUGGUCAAUUCUCGAAUGAUCCAUACUUCAUUCAUCACAAUGAUAAUCCUGGAACCAUACUUGUAUCACAAAUUUUAACUAGAGAUAAUUACGCUUCUUGGAGUCAGUCCUUGAAGAUUGCGCUGUUAGCAAAGAACAAGUUUGAAUUUGUUGACAAUUCCUUGCCUAAACCUAAUGAAGCAGAUGUAGAGCGAUUAAAUUCGUGGCUCAUAAAUAAUAACAUCGUUAUUUCAUGGAUUCUAAAUGUAGUCUCAAAAGAAAUUUAUGCUUCAAUCAUCUAUCUCGAAACUGCUUCAGACAUAUGGAAAGAACUUCAGCAAAGAUUUCAACAAGGUCAAGAUUCAGUCAGCAAUUAUUACACAAAAUUGAAAGUUCUAUGGGAGGAAUUGAUACUGCUUAUGGAGCCAUUACCUUCUGUUAACAAGAUCUUUUCAUUGAUCAUUCAAGAAGAAAGGCAGCGAGACAUAGGUAUUCCUUCAACAAAUGAUCCUGUUCUUGCUUUUAAUUUUCGUGCUAACAAUCAACAAAACAAUUAUCUGAACAAGAAUCACAACUAUCAGAACAAUUACAAAAAUAACAAGAAGGAAUCUCCAUACUGUACUCAUUGCAAAAGAACUGGUCAUAAAGUGUUAUCGACUUCAUGGUUUUCCACCUGGAUAUAG